CUGCGCAUGCGCAAUGCUGCUCAUACGGACCAUAUGCGCUAAGCGGUGACUACACACAGCGGUGCUAAGUGGGGAAAUUAUCACACAGUAAUCAUGGGAAAGAAACAGAAAAAUAAAGGAGAUGACGGUGCUAAAGACGACGGCGUUGACAUCGAUGCCUUAGCAGCCGAGAUCGAGGGAGCCGGCGCAGCAAAGGAACAGAGCAAAGGCAAGGGCAAGAAGAAGAAAGGGAAGAAAGAUGAUUAUGAUGAGGACGACAUCCUGAAAGAACUGGAGGAAUUAUCACUUGAAGCCCAUGGUGGAAAAGCAAAAGAAGCAGCAAAGAAAUCAGACUCCAUAGAAGACGCCGAGCCCGAGCCAGCACUGACCACGGCAGACAAGAAGAAGGCCAAGAAGGGCAAGCGUGAGGACGAUGAGGGUGAAGAGGCUCAGGGUAAAGACGACCUGGAGAACGGGAGCAGGACGAAAGGCAAAAAGGAUCUGGCGGCUCCCGCUGCUGCUCCUGCUGCUUCAGAGUCUGAUGACGAGUCGCAAUCACAACGCAAAGCCAAGCCCGUUAAGAAGGGCAGGCGGAAGGGCGUCUCAGACUCGGAGGACGACGAUGAGGAUGGACACGGCAAGAAAGGAGGUGGAGUCGACGAAGAGCAGUCGGACGACGAUUCCCAGGCCACAAGCAAAAAGAAAAAGAAGGCAAAGGCAAAAGCAAAGGCUGACAGCGACAACGACGACGCAGAAGACGACGGCUCCUUCAAGAUGAAGACGGCGGCACAGAAGAAAGCGGAGAAGAAGGAGAGGGAGAGAAAGAAGAAGGAGGAAGAGAGGGCCAAGAUGAAGGCGAAAAAGGAGAAGGAGGACGAGGCUGCUAAGAAAGAACCAGCUAAGACUGCAGAAAAAGCUGCUGCUGCUCCAUCCACAGAAACAAAGAAGACUGAGCUAGAGGAGUUAGACGGAGCUGAAGACCAGGGCGAAGAUGAGGGUGAGGGUGAGAAGAAGAAGAAAGACAAGAAGAAAAAGAAAGGUGAAAAGGAAGAAAAAGAGAAAAAGAAAGGGCCAAGCAAAGCUGCAGUGAAGGCCAUGCAGGAGGCCCUUGCUCGGUUGAAGGAGGAGGAGGAACGAGCCAAGAAGGAGGAAGAGGAGAGGGAGAGACGCCUGGCCGAGCUGGAGGCCCAGAGACUGGAGCAGGAACGACUGGAAGCAGAGAGGAAGGAGAAGAAGAAGCAGAAGGACAAAGAACGGAAAGAGAGGCUGAAGAAAGAGGGCAAGCUCCUAACCAAGUCGCAGAAAGAGGCUCGAGCCAGAGCCGAGGCCACGCUCCGUGCGCUGCAGGCCCAAGGUGUUGAAGUGCCAUCCAAAGACUCCAUGCCAAAGAAGAAGCCUGUUUACUCUGACAAAAGAAAAAAGAAGCCAACAGUACACACUCCUGAAGAGACCUCAGAAGUGGUUUCACCCACGUCAGAGGCGGCUCAACCGAUCGCCACUGCAACGGACGUCACCGCUUCCAAAGAGGCAGCAGAGGCUAAGGCUGAUGCUGCGGACCUCGAUGACUGGGAGGCCAUGGCCAGUGAUGAAGAAAGAGAGUUGAAGAAGGUGCACAUCGAAGUGAAGGAGACAGCAGCUAGUCAGCCAGCACGCAAACCCUCCGCCCCUGCCGAACAGGAGAAUGGUAGCGAAGACGAGGACGAGGAUGAAGACGAUGACGACGAAGACGAGGACGAAGAGGACGAGAGCGAAGAACAGGAAGAAAUGGACAGCCAGGCAGCACAGGAGAAAAGCGCGAAAGAAGAAAGCUCGGAUUCGAGCAGCGAGAGCGAUUCAGACGACGAGAGCACCAAAGAGGAGAGAAUGUACAACAAGGCCAAGAGACGCAUCGAGAAACGGAGACAGGAGAACAUGAAGAACAUUAACUUGGAGAAAUUGAGGUCUCCUGUGGUUUGUGUCUUGGGCCAUGUGGAUACAGGAAAAACAAAAAUUCUAGACAAGCUGCGACACACACACGUACAGGAUGGCGAGGCAGGUGGAAUCACCCAACAGAUCGGUGCCACCAACGUUCCUUUGGAAACCAUCGUCGAGCAAACCAAGAUGGUGAAAAACUUUGACAGGGAGAAUAUAAAGAUCCCAGGAAUGCUGAUUAUCGACACACCAGGACACGAAUCUUUCAGUAAUCUGAGAAACAGAGGCAGUUCCCUCUGUGACAUCGCAAUCCUGGUGGUGGACAUAAUGCACGGUCUGGAACCACAAACCCUCGAGUCCAUCAACCUGCUGAAGGAAAAGAAGUGUCCUUUUAUUGUGGCUCUUAACAAGAUCGACCGUCUCUAUGACUGGAAGAAGAGCCCGGACACAGACGUUGUGGCUACGCUGAAGAAGCAGAAGAAGAACACAAAGGACGAGUUCGACGAGCGAGCCAAAUCCGUCAUGCUGGAGUUCGCCCAGCAGGGUUUGAAUGCAGCUCUGUUCUAUGAGAAUAAGGACCCGCGUACAUUCGUGUCACUGGUGCCCACCUCUGCACAUUCAGGCGACGGCAUGGGCAACCUGAUCGCCCUACUGGUCGAGCUCACCCAGACCAUGCUGGCACGCAGACUGGCUCACUGCGACGAGCUCAGAGCACAGGUCAUGGAGGUAAAAGCUCUGCCCGGUAUGGGCACAACAAUAGACGUGAUCCUGAUCAACGGAUGCUUGCGUGAGGGUGAUACCAUCAUCGUGCCUGGUGUGGAGGGGCCGAUCAUCACUCAGAUCAGAGGACUGCUGUUACCACCUCCUCUCAAAGAGCUCCGCGUUAAGAAUCAGUAUGAGAAGCACAAGGAGGUAAACACGUCUCAGGGAGUGAAGAUCCUGGGGAAAGAUCUGGAGAAGACUCUGGCAGGUUUGCCGCUGCUCGUAGCUCAUAAAGAUGACGAGAUCCCUGUGCUGAGGGACGACCUGGUCAGGGAGCUGAAGCAGACGCUGAACGCGAUCAAGCUGGAAGAGAAGGGCGUCUACGUGCAGGCGUCGACGCUGGGAUCGCUCGAAGCUCUUCUGGAAUUUUUGCGCACAUCCAAAGUUCCUUAUGCUGGCAUUAAUAUCGGUCCUGUUCACAAGAAAGAUGUAAUGAAGGCAUCUGCAAUGCUGGAACAUGACCCACAGUACGCAGUGAUCCUGGCAUUUGAUGUGAAGAUUGAAAGAGACUCUCAAGAGAUGGCCGACAGUCUCGGUGUGAGGAUUUUUAGCGCCGAGAUCAUUUACCAUCUGUUCGACGCCUUCACCAAAUACAGAGAAGACUACAAGAAACAGAAGCAGGAGGAAUUCAAGCAUGUAGCAGUGUUCCCUUGUAAGCUGCGCAUCCUGCCUCAGUUUAUCUUUAACUCCAGAGACCCUAUAGUCAUGGGGGUGACUGUGGAGGCAGGUGUACUGAAGACGGGCACGCCGUUGUGUGUACCUAGCAAAGCGUUUGUGGAUAUCGGCAUUGUGACCAGUAUCGAGAUGAACCACAAACCAGUGGACACCGCGAAAAAAGGGCAGGAGAUCUGCGUGAAGAUCGAGCCGAUUCCCGGAGAGUCGCCCAAGAUGUACGGCCGACAUUUUGAGGCCGUAGAUAUGAUUGUUAGCAAGAUUACCCGUCAGUCCAUCGACGCUCUGAAGAACUGGUUCCGAGACGAGAUGCAAAAGACGGACUGGCAGCUAAUCAUGGAAUUGAAGAAAACUUUUGAGAUUAUCUGAGCACACACAAUGACUUUCAAACUGACCUACAUGCUGAGACCACACACACACUCGCACAUACACACACACUCGCACAUACACACACACUCACACAUACACACAUACACACUCACUCACACAUACACACACACUUUUAUACACACACACACACACACACACACACACACAUACACACAGUUGUGCACAUGGCCGAGUCCAUCUGACUUUCUCGGUCUAAGUGUUGCUGUUGUUUUACACCUAUGCGCGCGCACACACACCCAAAGGAUAAGUGUUUGUGCGUGUGCAGGUUCGAGACAUUUUCCUCCAUGUUUUCUCUCCGUCUCCUCCCUUAUGAGCGAUGGAGAUGACAGAAAAAGACAAAAGAGAGAGAGCAAAAGUUUUUCUGUGAGAAACUGAAACUAUUACCACUGUUUUUAACAGUGAACGUUAGAGAAACAUUUACACACUAUUCCAAAUGUGCCUGUUAUUUCUAAUUGACCUGUUUAGUUUCCUUAGGAAAUGGAGCUGAUUAUAUUGAUUUAAUGGAAUAGAUCCUCCCCAAAAUGCUAACAUGGAUAAUAACCUGAGAAAGUGAAACCAGAAGCCAUUAGCGUGGUUAUUAGCGAGCGCUAAUCCGCUCCUGAUGGCUUUUACGAAUUAACCGCAGUGUUAAAAUGUUUGGGUUACGGUGCAGUGCCAGUUUUGCAGGCUCAGUUUCAGCCGGUCUUUUGUGUGAACCUUAGUGUCCGUGGUGAUGAAACUCCAUCAAAUCACAAAGUGCGUUCAUUACACCAUGUAGUGUUCGAGAGGGAAAUGAAAGGCAACUGGGCAAUUGAUAGAUGUGGAUUUGUAAACAUUAAACAAGGAUUUUAGACAUAAAUAAUGAUGCCUGGUCAGUUUUGUUUUUUUUUUUAUAUUAUUUUAUUAUAUAUUUUCCUCUUAUCUCCCUGGUAUGCAAGUCUUAUGCCCCUUUGUGAAUUAAGCCCACGCUGUGCGAUAUUUGUUUCAAGGCAUUUGCUUGAUUCUGCCCAGUGCCUGUCUUUACUGACAUUGUGUUCAAUUGCUAAGAAAAUCCCCAAUUAAAAACAAGUGAUUGGAGAUUUAAUUACCAAUAAAAAGAUGGCAUAUUUCUAA